AUGUUAAGUUCAAGAUAUAAAACCUUCCCUGCCGUCAUCUUACUAUUCCUGUGUUUUGUACACUUGUGUUACUCCAGUGACACAGCAUCAUUGAUUGCUCUUAGACAGCUGCUUCUCCAACGAAAAGAUGUUAUAUCCCCCUGGUUUGGUUCAGCGAUAUCUCCAUGUAACUGGAAUGGCAUAAGGUGUAACGGUUCUGCAGUGCACCAAAUAUCUCUAUCAUGUCCAUCAUCACCCCUAAGUCUUCCAUUCCCUGUGAUUCUAAGUGAAUUCAGAUCAUUAAAGCAUCUCAAUGUCAGCCAUUGUAGCUUCUAUGGCCAUAUUUCGUCAGAUUUUUGGACUUUAAGAGACUUGGAGACACUUGACCUUAGUUAUAACUUCUUGUCAGGGGUAAUCCCUCCAACAAUUUCGAGUCUGGAGAAGCUCAGAGUUCUUGUUCUUGAUAGCAAUAGCUUUUUAGGAACUUUACCACCUUCAAUCGGGCAGCUCAGGGACCUUACUGAAUUCUCAGUUCAUUCAAACUCACUCUCGGGAAGGCUUCCAGUAGAGCUCGGGAACCUACAGAAGUUACAGUCACUUGAUCUCAGUCAAAAUCUCUUCUCUGGAGAUCUUCCUUCCAGCUUAGGUAAUCUUUCCAAGCUGUUAUACUUGGAUGCUAGUCAAAAUCAAUUUACAGGACGGCUAUCUCCUGAAAUUGGAAAUUUGAAGAUGCUUUUGAAUCUUGAUCUAUCUAUGAACUCCCUCAAUGGUGCUAUCCCGGAAACAAUUGGCACUCUUACGAAUCUUACACUUCUUAACCUGCAGAGCUGCAAGUUUACAGGAAACAUCCCUACUCAGAUUUCAAAGAUGAGUAGCUUAACCGCAUUGAACAUAGCACAGAAUAAUUUCGAUGGAGGUUUGCCUUCUACGUUUGGUGAGCUGAAAAACCUCGCCUACUUUGUUGCCUAUGGUGCAGGACUUGGGGGAACAAUACCUGCAACAAUGGGAAACUGCAAGAAGCUGAGGAUACUAAAUCUAUCCUUCAACACAUUAUCUGGCCCGUUACCCGAUAGUCUUGCUGAGCUUGAAUCAAUAAACUCGUUUGCUCUAAACUCAAACCGCCUAUCUGGUCCAUUGCCACAAUGGCUUUCCAACUGGAAACAUGUAGAAUCCAUAAUGUUGUCAAAUAACCAAUUUACUGGACCUCUGCCACCACUUAACCUUCCAUCCCUUACCUUUAUCAAUCUCAGUUCCAACAAGCUUUCUGGCGAGUUGCCAGCAGGAGUUUGUCAAGGAAAUGAUGUGGGCAUGCUGUGGUUAUCUGAUAAUGACUUCACUGGUACCAUAGACAACACGUUUCGGAAUUGCUCGGUCCUUACAGAUCUGGUGUUAUCUGGAAACAAACUCUAUGGUGAGUUACCUGCUUAUCUGGGAGAACUUCAACUAGUCACAUUGGAACUAUCAAAGAACCGAUUCUCUGGAACUAUCCCUACUCAGUUGUGGAAAUCAAAAACCCUGAUGGAGAUAUCACUAAGUGGUAACUUGCUUCAAGGUCACAUUCCAGCUGAAAUUGCUAAUGCUGUUGCACUUCAGAGACUGCAAUUGGAUUAUAAUCUCUUUGAAGGAAAUAUCCCAAGCUCCAUUGGUGAACUAAAAAAUCUUACCACUUUGUCUCUGCUUGGUAACAAAUUGACUGGCAAUAUCCCAUUGGAGCUUUUUAACUGCAAGAAUCUGGUUUCUCUAAACCUUGGUUCAAACAAGCUAACAGGUCGAAUACCAAAGUCCAUUUCUCAGUUGGAAUUGCUCGAUAACCUCGUUCUGUCCAACAAUCAACUCUCUGGUCCUAUUCCAAAUGAAAUCUGCUCAGGGUUUCAGAAGGUUCCUAUACCGGAUUCAGAGUUUGUCCAGCACUAUGGCAUGCUUGAUUUGUCCAACAACCAGCUAUCCGGGACCAUUCCCACUUCAAUCGGGAACUGCAUCAUUGUCACACAUCUAAUACUUUCAAAAAACCAACUUGAUGGACCCAUUCCUGAUGAGAUAUCUGGAUUGUCCAACUUAACUUCACUUGAUAUGUCCUUUAAUCUUCUUACCGGGCCAAUUCUUCCUAAAUUCUUUUCCAUGAAAAAUCUUCAAGGUUUGAUACUUUCACAUAACCAAUUAAGUGGUUCAAUCCCUGAUAAUUCUGGUUCCAUGAUGAUGAGUUUAGUUAAAGUUGACUUAUCAAGUAACCGUUUCUCUGGCAUCUUGCCUUCAUCUAUAUUCAGUAUCAAGAGUCUACAAUACCUUGAUGUUAGCAUGAAUUCUUUUUCCGGAAAACUCUCAUUUGGCCUUAGCAGCACCACCCCUCUUUUUGCCCUAAAUGCUAGUAAUAACCUUUUUUCGGGUUCCCUUGAUGCCUCGAUUUCCAAUCUGACUUCUCUUUCCAUUUUAGAUGUUCACAACAACACAAUCAAUGGUAGUUUAUCUUCUCUCUCCAGCCUUGCUGAUUUGACUUAUCUUGACAUUUCCAGAAAUAAUUUUCAAGAGUCAUUCCCUUGCAGCAUAUGUGACAUGGAAGGGUUAUUAUUUUUUGGUUUCAAUGGCAACAGAUUCAGUGGCAAGGUUCCUGAAUCUUGCAAUAAACCCGUAUCAUGCUUCCCGGAUCUCCCAUAUCCUUCACAACAUGGAUACGCAUCAGAACAUACUUUAACGCAUGCUUCUAUUUGGGGCAUUUCACUUGGUGCCUCAUUUGUUUUUGUGGUCUUUUUCAUUGCCCUUAUGAGACGAAGGAUGUUAAAGCAGCAAGCCAUGAUUCUCGAGAGGGAAAAAGCAAAGAUUCUAAAAACAACUGAUACAAAUUCCACAUAUGAACUUUUAAGAAAACGACAGAAAGAGCCACUAAGCAUUAAUAUUGCAACAUUUGAGCAAUCUUUGUUAAGGUUGAACCCUGAGGAUAUAUUAUCUGCAACAGAGAAUUUUAGCAAGGCCUACAUCAUCGGUGAUGGUGGUUUUGGCACAGUUUAUAAAGCGUUACUACCACAUGGUCAAACUAUUGCUGUCAAAAGGCUCCAUGGUGGUCGAAUGCAUGGUGAACGUGAAUUCUUGGCAGAGAUGGAAACAAUUGGGAAAGUCAAGCAUGAGAACUUGGUGCCAUUGAUGGGAUACUGCGUCUUUGCAGAUGAGAGAUUCUUAAUAUACGAGUAUAUGCCAAAUGGCAGUCUUGAUGUGUGGUUGAGGAACCGAGCAGACGCGGUUGGAGCACUUGAUUGGCCAACCCGUUUCAAAAUCUGCCUGGGUUCAGCUCGUGGGCUAGCAUUUUUACAUCAUGGAUUUGUUCCCCAUAUCAUUCACCGAGACAUUAAAUCGAGCAAUAUCUUGUUGGACAGCAAGUUUGAGCCACGGGUCUCUGAUUUUGGGCUUGCUAGGAUAAUCAGUGCAUGUGAGAGCCAUGUGAGCACAAUUCUUGCAGGUACAUUUGGAUACAUCCCUCCAGAAUAUGGUCAGAAAAUGGUGGCAACUACAAAAGGGGAUGUUUAUAGUUUUGGCGUGGUGAUGUUAGAGCUGGUCACAGGAAGAGAACCAACAGGGCAGGCAGAUGCUGAGGGUGAGAAUCUUGUUGGAUGGGUGCGGUGGAUGGUUGCAAAUAGGAAGGAAUCCGAGGUACUUGACCCGUGUUUCUAUGGUUCAUGGAUGUGGAAGGAUCAAAUGUUAGGCGUUCUUGCUAUUGCACAAGCAUGCACAAAUGAUCAACCUAGAAAGCGGCCAACCAUGCUAGAUGUUGUGAAACUACUCAAGGAGCUUAAGACGGAAAUUAGAUACAUGGGAGUUGAUCAGUCCAAGCACAUCGUCUAGCUGGCUGGUGACCUUUUUAUAACCUAUUUAGUUUAUUUGGGUAACUAAUUUGGGUAGAUGACAUAUUCAGGUAGGCAUUGGUUUAUGAAAUUCUAACAUAAUUAUUGAUUUGUA